CUGGGUGACACCACCACCACCACCACCAUGGCUCCGGCCACCCUGUUGUUCUUCCUCAUCUUCGUGCAAUCCGCAAAUGCUUUGAACACAAGGAGGUCAGAACUCCAACUUGGAUUCUACAACUCUACAUGCCCGGAUGUUGAACAGAUUGUGCAUGAUGUUGUCCGCAACCGCCAUUUCCUGGAUCCGACCAUCGCUGCCGGCCUGAUCCGCCUCCAUUUCCACGACUGUUUCGUUCGAGGUUGCGAUGCAUCCAUCCUGCUCGAUGAGACGCCGUCCGGCGAGCCUGUCGAGAAGGUGUCGGUGGCUAAUGGCUACACGCUGCAUGGUAUCGAAGUCAUCGACACAAUAAAAAGCAUCAUCGAGAGUUUCUGCCCGGGGACCGUCUCCUGCGCCGACAUCCUCGCCUUCGCCGCUCGUGAUGCUGCGGUCCUUGCCGGGCUCCAGCACUACCCGGUUCCUUCCGGCCGCCGGGACGGUACCGUCUCCCGUGCCGUAGAAACGCUCGACCUCCCGGGGCCAUUCGCCACCGUCGAGCAGCUCACAAGAAACUUCGCCAAGAAAGGAUUCUCGCAGAGCGAGAUGGUCGUUCUCUCCGGUGCGCACUCCAUCGGAGGGGCUCACUGCCCUUCAUUCAGCGGCCGGCUCUACAACUACACGGCCGCCCUGCCACAAGAUCCAACCAUAGAGACGGUCCACGCUGAGUACCUCAAGACGAAGUGUCCGGAUCCGAGGACGACGGCGGCGGAAGCUUUGGAGGCGCAGAAGGUAAAUUUUAUUCCGGCGGCCGGGACGUCGCUCGACGGCUCCUACUACGCGGAGAUGCAGAUGGGGAAGGGGUUGCUCGCGUCGGACCAGGUGCUGAUGACGGAGAGAAGGACGAGGACGGUGGUGGAACGCAUGGCGGCAGACCGAAGUAAAUGGGCGAGGAAGUUUGCCAAGGCGAUGAGCAAGAUGGGGUUGGUGGAGGUACUCACAGGGGACCAGGGAGAGGUGAGGAGGGAUUGCCGGCUUGUUAACUGAGGGAUUGCCGAUUCUUAUAUAUGUAUGUUGGGGAUUCAACUAUUGGUGAGUGGUAAAGAUGGGAGCUUUGAAACCAAUUAGUUAAGAGUGGUCCAUGCACAAUCUAAGACUUAUUUUCCCUUGAUGUUUGUAUGAUUUAAGUCAGACUGCAAUUGAUCAAAUUAAGUUUGAGUAAUGUCAAUAGCUAUUAGUUUA